CAAUCAGAGGUAUCCUGUUAUCUUGAGCCGUUUUCAUACCGUAACGAAGAAAAUCAUCCAGUAUUAUCACGAGCAGUUUGGACAUGCGAAUAGAGAGACAGUGUUCAACGAGAUACGGAAGAAGUUUGAAAUCCCGAACCUUCGUGCAGCAGUCUCUAGAGUAGCCGGUGAAUGCGUAUGGUGCAAAGUGCAUCGGUGCGUUCCACAUACUCCGCGCAUGGCACCACUGCCGGUUCAGCGUGUUACGCCUGGAAAACGCCCCUUCAACUCUGUCGGCGUGGAUUACUUGGGCCCUGUGGAGGUGACAGUUGGACGCCGAAAGGAAAAAAGGUGGGUCGCCGUUUUCACUUGCUUAGCGGUGCGUGCAGUGCACCUGGAAGUGGUGCAUUCCCUUUCAACGCAGUCGUGUCUCAUGGCACUAAGCAGAUUUGCCAGUAGGUAUGGGAAGCCAGAAGAGAUAUUCUCCGACAAUGCGACUUGUUUUCGAGGAGCGUGGAACGAAAUGGUAAAGGCCAAACAACAAAUCAACAGAAAGUGCGCCGAGGAAUUCAUCAGUUCAACUACUGCCUGGUAUUUCAAUCCCCCCGGCACCCCGCACAUGGGCGGUGUUUGGGAACGGAUGGUGCGAUCUGUAAAGGAAUCGAUGAAAGCGCUGGAUGACGGAAGGAAACUCACUGAUGAAAUCCUGAAAACAACAGUAGCAGAAGCAGCAGAUAUGAUCAACACGCGUCCACUCACGUACAAGCCUCAGGAACCCGCAGGCGAGGAAGCACUAACGCCAAACCAUUUUCUGCGAGGUGCAGUGACCAGUGCGGAUAUCCAGGUGGAGCCAGUGAGUGCAGCGGAGGCUCUACGAAACGUUUACAAACGUGCCCAGUACCUAAGCGACCGUAUGUGGGAGCGGUGGAUCACCGAGUAUCUACCUACGAUCAACAAACGCAGCAAAUGGUUUGACGAUAAGCGACAGUUGAGUGUUGGGGAUUUAGUUUUUCUGGUGGAUGGGAAAAUUCGGAAGAAUUGGAGGCGUGGAAAGAUAGUAGAAGUAUUUCCGGGAACAGACGGGACCAUUAGACAAGUCAGCGUGAGGACAGCAGACGGGAAGCUACAUCGCCGGGGAGCGGUUAACAUUGCGGUAAUGGAGAUAGUUGAAGGUAAAUCCGGAACAAGAAGUAACGCCGGAUGUUACGGGCCGGGGUCUGUUACCGCGACUGAACCUGCAAGCGGAGCAUCCCUCGGUCGAUGGUGACGUUUGGUUUUUCGCAACUAGCUCCCGCUCUUUGUGUCCGUGUGUGAACUGUCAAAAAACCGAAAAAGUUCACAUGUGGUUUGUUCUUUAUUGUACCCAGAAGCUGCCAUAGGAAUAACCUGAAUACUUACCGAAUACUUACCGAAAACAAAAGUAGGAAAGAGGAAAGGAAGAUAGUUAGAAAAGCUGGUCGGAAGGUAUUAGCGUGGGAGGAAAAUUUGAAAGUAAGAGAGAGAAAUUAAAUGUUAAAGAUGGAAAUUAAUAAAAGUUUAUUUAGUUUUAGCCUGCAUAAAAAAGGUGCUUGCUCAUUAUUUCUUUCCG